AUGCCUCCUUCAAAUCCGUCAAGGCAUUUUGCAUUUGCCUUGAUUAUCCCUCUGGUUCUAGCAGCAGCAAACUUUGCCUCCAUACAGCAACAAGUUCUCUGCACUAUCCAAAGAUAUCUUGGCUUCGAAAUUGCUCUUCCUUCUGUUACCAUCGCACAAGCUACACUUGUGGGUACUGUGAUUGAUAAUGAUUUUCCUGCCCCAGUGGAGGCUUGGCUAGGAUUUCCGUACGCUCAGUCCCCAAUCGAAGGUCUUCGUUUCGCAAAGGCACAACCCAUCGCUCCAAGCAAUCAGACGUUCAAGGCCGAUACCUUUGGUCCAAGAUGCCCUGGCAAACAAUUACUUUCUCCUGGCGGUGGCCCGGAUAUCUGGUCUGAAGACUGUCUCACCGCAAACAUUUUCCGUCCUGCCAAUAUGCCCGAAGGCAAGAAAGUACCUGUCAUGGUCUAUGUCCACGGCGGUGCAUUCAACAGAGGCACUGCUAAGAUGCAUAACACCGCGUCCAUGGUUGGAUACGCCACCGAGCCUUUUGUGGCUGUGAGCUUCAAUUACCGCAUCGGCGCUUUGGGCUUCCUGAACUCAGAUUUGACGCAGAAGGAGGGACUACUCAAUCUUGGUCUUUGGGAUCAGGUGCUGUUGCUUGAGUGGGUGAGAGACAAUAUCGCUGCUUUUGGUGGUGAUGCUGGAGAUGUCACGCUAGUUGGCUUGAGUGCCGGUGCACAUUCGAUUGGUCAUCAUAUCAUGAACAUCAACACACCACAUCAACUGUUCCAUAAAGCCGUCAUCGAGUCUGGUGGCCCGACAUCUCGCGCACUCCACCCUUACAACUCCGCUCUACACGAGACUCAGUUCCAACAGUUCUUGAAAGAGACCGGUUGCUCUGAUGUUCCCGAAUCUUCAAUCCUCUCUUGUCUCCGCAACGUUUCGGAAGCCACUGCUGUUGAGGCUUCAAACACCGUAUUCACGCACUGGAACCCUAGCGUCAGAUGGGCAUGGCAGCCUGUGAUUGACGAUGACUUAAUCUCUAGAAGACCACUCGAUGCUUGGAAAUCAGGAAGCUGGAACAAAGUCCCCAUCUUGACUGGAUUCAACCACAACGAGGGAACUAUGUACGUUCCGAAGACCACAGCUUCUUCCGCCGACUUCCGCUCUUUCUGGUCUACUCUAUUGCCGCAAUUAAGCGAGAAGGAGCUGGAUAAGAUUGAAGCACUUUACCCUGACCCUAGCUUUGACCCUCAGUCGGAGUAUGUCGAUACUAGAGGUCUGGAUGUAGGUGCACAAUACAAACGCCUAGAAGCAGCAUACGGCCACUACGCCUACGUAUGCCCAGUCCGCCAAACAGCCAUCCACGGCACCAGCUCUACGGAUCCUCCAAUCUACCUAUACCACUGGGCCACAAACCGCACAGUUCUAGGAGGAGCAAAUCACGGCGAUCAAAUGUGGUACGAGACCUUUGAUCCCUCCACCACAACCGUUUCCCCCACGCAUAAACAGAUCGCCGGCACUUUCCAUGAUUACAUUGUCAGUUUCGUGCUUUCUGGUGAUCCUAACAAGGUCAAGGGAAGGUGGGAGAGACCGGAGUGGAAGGCUUGGAGCGAAGGAGAGGGUACAAUGAUUUUUGGAAAGGGCAAUGAUGAAAGAGCUGGUGGUGAGGAUAAAGGUGUUGUUGCGCAACUUGUCGAGGAUAAGUGGGCAGGUGAAGAGUGUGAAUUUUGGUGGAGUCAGACGUCUAAUGUUGAAGAUUAG